CGGAAAGGAACUGUAAGCACUGAACUUGCCAAUAUGGAAGUACCAGCCGAAUCCAACCGCCAGCCGCUGGAUACUUCUACUCCCACGUCUACGGCCAUCAACAGAUAUAUAAGAGAAACGGAAUUGGGAGAACAUAUCAUCAACGGAAGCACUUCAACGGCGCAGACUUCAGCAUAUGAACCAGACAAGUCUGAACAGCAGUUGGGCUUGCCGGACGUGGAAUCAAUUCUGCUCAGAUCAGGAACUGGAAGCACCGAUGAAAAUCUCAUUGAAAAUGUGAAAGUAUCGCAUGUUGCAGGUGUUAUAGAUCACAUCGAAAAAUUGGGAAACCAGGUCAAAGGAGAACAAAAUGACGACGACAAAAUAGACAAGAAUGACAAAACGCAUGAGUUUCAAAGAGAAUCCGAAUAUCUGCUGACGAACUCCCAAAAACGUUUGAAUCCGAUUCAAGAAGAAGAGCAUAUGAGCAAACUGAAAAGCAUUGAAAAUCUGCAAGAAAACAACUCAUCCAUACUUGAUGAUGCUUCACCCAAUAGAAUUAUCAAACCCAGCAGAUAUCAGGAAAAACUUCUGUAUCUUCCCAACAGCAUGUUCCACGUUGAUAAGGACAGCUCCAUGGCAUUUGCGCUGGAAAUCCAAGAUUCUCCGUUCAGUUCCAUCCCAAACACAUUCAAGUACAAGUCACAUCCCAAUGCAAAGACUAAAGCAACUCUAGGUGGAACACGAUUGAAAACUGUUGAUAGACCUUCUGGUUCUGAAGAAACUAACAUGGAAGACAACAGUGAGCCAAUAAAGACUUCGACAAUUAGAGAAAACCACGUAGAUACUCCGGAUUGGAUGCCAGAAGAAUUGGACGACAAAUGGGAUGAGCCCAAGAGUGACUUCUUGUCUUCAGUCAGAAUCACAAAGAGGGACAAAACAUCGAGUGAUCCCGUCGCAGAUUUGGAUCUUGAGUUUCCUUCGGGGAACACCAUUUUGCACAAUUCCAAGUUCAGCUCACUAGAUACGCCAGCUUGGAAACGAGCAGUAAGAGAGCAAGAUCAAAAGGCAAAACUGCAGCCCAACUUCCAGAACAUCUUUCUUUCUCUAGAAUCACAACAUGAUAAGUCGGAUAAUGUCAAUGCCAAUAACCACUCUGUUUCGUCCACUUUUUCCACGCCAAUGGCCACUAUUUCACACCAGAAUCUUAAGCAAUCGGACAAGGAUGAUAGAAAUAACAAAAACAAGAUCGCCGAGGAUGUCAACCAACAAGGCUCUCCUCUUAAAUUGUUUGGCACUAAUUACAAUACCUUUACAAAAGAAAAGUUAAGCGGCGUAUUGCAGAAAUUUCACCAGCUGACGCCACCAGAAGAAGAUCCUAAAAAUAAGGGAAGUGAUGAAAUCGAUGUUCAGCAUAAGGAAGAUGACAGUUUGAAUCUCCAGAAUGAACAUUCGGAGAUUCCCCGCUUGAAAAUCAAGAAUUUCACCAGAAGCAAGAAUUAUACAGAAGAGCAUUUCAUCCAGAAUGCAAACAACGUAUACAAUAAUAUUCAAAAACGAGGAUUCAAGCCUGCUCAUGAUGAAGGAUUCCGAUCUAUGUCUAAUGCUCAUACUACAGCUACUUCUACUCCGAAGAGCCACAAGUUAAUUCCUACCAGUGAUCCUAUAUUUCAAGAUGAUAACUCUUCUUUUACGAGUGACUUUGACGAAGAGAGUUCUGAUUACAAGUACCAACAGUUCAAUUCAGAUGCAGUGAAUAAUGACUAUACGUCUUAUGAUCACAGUACAAAUAAUGGUGCGUCUGCUUAUCCGCAUGCUAAAACUUCUAGUAUUCCAGAUGUCUCUGAGCACAGCGAUGAUAGUUCCUACACGUUUGAUGAUGUCUCUCUGACAAGUCCUGAACUUCAGAAACCUCGAUUCAGACCCAACUCAAAGAAACAAGCAUUUACCAAUGACCAGAAUAACCUUCGCAGUCAACAAGCUGUUCAAACAAGGGAUGUAAUAGAAAACUCAGAGGCACACGUCAAUUCAGAUCUCAUGCAUUUGGUAGAAAUUCUCAAGAAUGAAAACGACAGAUUGAAACAACAAUUACAAAGUGGUGUCAAUUUGCUCAAUGAAACCGAAGUUUCUUUAGAUAAUGCUGACUUCACAAGCGAGGGUGUAUCACAAUUGCAAGACUUGAUAAGAUGGAAACGAGCUUCACAACUCCAUUUACCAACAGAUACAUUACCUUCCUCCCAUAGUAUCGAGAAGAAUUCUGAUCCCAACACAAUUAUAAGAGGAAGAAUUAAACCCGGAGUCGACUUACCAGUUGCCUACGAUAACAUGGUCCUCGAUGUUAAGAAUCAAAAAUGGGUUGCUAGCGAAAAUAAGGAAAACUAUCCAGGAAGUCUUGAUUCAAUUGAAGAUCUUGUGACAAACUCCACAGAAUUUCCAGAUGUCAGAAGACCACUCAGCAAACCAAAUUCAAAUAAUAUUAUGACGAAGAAUCUGAGACCAAAUAGUAGCAAACUCGAAGUUUCUUUUCAAUUGCCGCAUUCAGACCAAGAAAAGGAUAGGACCAGAUCACCAAUUAACGCUGAGGUUACAAGUGUUUCUCAACUUGAUGAAAUUACAUUUUCACAAACAAGAAAGAAGUUGGUUUCUAUCAUUAAUGAUAUUCUUUCGCUUGAGGAUACGAUCAAUAUCCCGUGGGAUGAAAUUAAUGAAAUCUCCUUAUCUAAUCGCAAUCUUGAUAGUAUUAAGGAUUUGGAUACCUUUUUGCCGAGUUUGAUAAGUGUGGACUUAUCUCAGAAUGAACUCAAGUACUUGGAAGGCUUACCCAAGUCGAUAUUGAAUAUCGAUUUGUCGGAAAAUAGAAUCGAAAAUAUUACACCGUUCCAUAGAUUCCGUGACCUUCAGUAUCUUGACAUUUCGUCCAACAAUUUAGUAACGCUCUCCAAUUUCAGCAAAAACAUUCAUCUCACCAAUUUGAAUGCUUCAAAGAACCAGUUGAACUCCUUAUCUGGAUUACAGACUUUGGUGAAUCUCGCCAAGUUCAAUGCCUCUCAGAAUGAAUUGUCAGGAUUGUUAGAUUUCGACAACUACUUCCUUCCAAAUUUGCAAGAACUAAACUUGUCAGAAAACUCACUUCAGUCUAUUUCUGGAUUGGAGACGUUGUCAAACUUGCGAGUUUUGAAUGUAAAUGAGAAUAAGCUAUUUGACAUUUCGUGUAGAGGGAAACAUCCACAUUUGAAGAAAUUGCUAUUGAAAUUUAACCAACUUGAAAAGCUUGAUGUGCUGGCAUUUCCUUUCUUGCGAGUACUUAGGGUUGAUGGUAAUGACUUAAGAAAUAUAUCAGGGUUACUGAAGCUCAAACACUUGGAUGAACUAUCAUGUAAAGCUCAACGUAGUGUUGCAGUUAUUGAAGAAGUUUUCCGUCACGCCAGAGAUGUUCAGAGUCUUGAUUUGUCAGGAAACAUGGGCUUGACUUUGUCAGGAUACAACUUUCCUUUCCUUAAUUUGAAUAAAUUGGAAUUGACAGCUUUGGACUGGACUAGAGUCCCUGACAACUUUGCUGCCAUAUUUCCAAACGUUAGAGAUCUAAACUUGAAUUUCAACAGGUUGACCAAUAUUGACGGGCUUGCCAAAUUGACCAACUUGAGAAAGGUUUACCUUGUCAGUAACAAGAUCCAACGAACCGAGACUGUGGUAACUGGAUUGCUUGGCUCGAGGUCCAGUUUGAGAUUGUUGGAUUUACGACUUAACCUGUGCAACAUUGACUUGUAUCCUUACGUAUUUAGUCCAGAUGAAUUGGAGUAUGCUAAAGUUCAAAACUACGAAGAUUGCAGUCCUAUUCAUUUGGACAACCUAGAGGACAUCGAAAGCUUUGCUAUUCACUACAAAUCGCUAAGCAAGGGUGUAGACGAGUGGACCGAGAGAGAUUCUCAAUUCAUCAACAAGUUGUCUAUCCAGUCUACACUGAAGGUACGUCUCCGUUUGAAUUACGAGACUUUGCUCAUCAACUAUUUCCGCCGGUUGAGCCGUCUUGACGGUGGACAUGUCAGCGACGAGAAACGA